UUUUGAAUGGGUUGUACGCGCGGCGAGUACUCGAAAAUAUUUCCAAACCAAUAGAGAUAUCAUAUCUCGAAAAUUCGAAGAAAUAUAAAAAGAUUGUUAAAACAGAAGAGCCAGAAAGGCCGAAGAAAAAACAGUCAGCGUGCGUGUGCAAUAUAUGGAAAAUAUACCCCAAUAAAAAAAUAUCUUAAAGUGCAAAACUGUUUUUCCGAAUUUUCUGAUUUUUGUUUUAUUUUUUUCAAUGUGUGUGUGUGCUACGCUGCCAAAUGAAAUUUGUGUGCAAUAAGCGGCGAAUGCAGGCCAGCAGCAGCAACAACAACAACAGCCUCAACAACAACGGCAGCAACAGCAGCAACUGCAACAGCAACAGCAAUUGCAGCAAUCUACAUGCGGUCGUCUAACUGUAAAGCACUUGGCAACGGUCAGCAGUCAGCAGUCGGCAGGAAAAUCAGCAACAAGUGGAACGCACAGCAGCAACAUCAUUAGCCGGCACUCGAUUGCAUCAACUUGGAGCCAUAAGAUAUAAGAUAUAGGCAUUUGUUAUCUGAAAUCGGAUAUAGACAGCCAAAUGCUGUAGAACCAUGGCGGCAAUCACCAGCAAUGUGUCGCGAAUGGAGCCAAUGCGCGGUAUUUCCAUAAUCAUUGAAUCGCCAGAAGUGGCAACAGCAACAGCAGCAGCAGCAGCAACAGCAACACAAGUAGCAGCAACUGCCAAGAGCAACAGCAACACUGAAAUGUCGCUCAAGUCCCAGGCUGGCAUGUUGCUGGCAUUUGGCGACACAGCAGCAGCAGCAACCAAAGAUAAUUUGGAAACUAGUUACGACACAGCAGCAACAUCGGCAACAGCAACAGCAACACCAGCGACCACCAAAAUCUAUCCACAAUUGCUGCUGCGCAUUGGCGGAGAAAUUGCCGGUGCAGCAGCAACAGCAACAGCAACAACAGUCACACCAACAGCAGCAGCAACAUCUCCGACCAUAAUCAGUUGCAAUGGUGAAAUUGCUGCCAGUCAGCCAGCAGCAACGGCAGCGGACACAGCAGCAACAUUGCAACACAGCAGCAGCAGCAGCGUGAAUACAGUGAAGAUUCAGAUCGAGAGCCAGGGUCAACCGAUUACCCAGCGGAUUCUGGGCAAGCAGAUCAGUGUGGUGAAGCUGAACGAGGGCCUGGAGGAGAUGCAGUGGACACCGGUGGCCACCAGUGGUCAGUACUCGCCGUGCGAGACGCUGGACAGUGGCACGGGCAGCGAUUUGGAAGGUCACCAAGUGAGGUCACCGCAGCACUUGGAGCUCCAUCUGCAGACCACGCGGCUGAAGGUCAAGGAGGGGGAGGACGACCCCCUGGUGACCCCGAACCCGAGCCCGAACCCCAAACCGACUCCCAAACCGCUUACGAUUCCCAUUCCCCAGCGGGCCUACAGCCUCACCGACGACAGCGAGGAGUGCGAUGAGAGCAGCAACUCCUCGCUGAGCUGCGACUCCCUGCACUCCGGCGGCCUUCUGCCCACCACCCUCCUCCGGGACAUCCGGCUAAGGGAGCGGGAGAGGGAGCGGGACAGGGAGGCGGGCCCCCUGGUCACCAAGAUCGAUGGCAGACCGCUGCAAUACGAGGCGGACGGGUACUACACCUUCCACGUGCACGAGCACGAGAAUUUCAGGAGCUUCGGAGCCUCCAGUUCAGCAUCCUCGGCGGAGUACGAGACAUCGCCGGGUUUUUCCGAGGAGCCGCAGGACGAGGACUUCGCCGGCUACCGGGAUGUGCGGACCGAGGGCAAGCUCUCGGCCAACUCAACCAUCAGAUCCGCCAAGGGAACGGUGAGGGGCGUCAAGAAUCGUGUGCGCAAUGGAGUAGCCACCUUCUUGCAGCUGCAACAGCCCAAUGUCAAGAACUACAUGGAAAAGGACUUGGGCAAGGUGGUCCUGUACACCACCAGCAUGGGAAUCAUCAGGGAAACGUAUGCCAAGUGCGCCAAUGUCAAGCAGAUUCUGCGCACCCUGCUCAUUAAGUUCGAGGAGCGCGAUGUCUUCAUGAGCGUGGAGUAUCAGCAGGAGAUGCGGGAACGGAUGCACAAUGAGACCAUCCGGGUGCCACAGCUCUUCGUCGAGGGCCAGCAUAUCGGGGAUGCCGACACUGUGGAGCGACUGAAUGAGAGUGGCGAACUGCGACAGCUGCUGAAACCGUACAAAUCGAUCGCUACUGCGUAUACGUGCCAGACAUGCGGCGGAUAUCGCCUGCUGCCGUGUCCUUCGUGCAGCGGAUCCAAGAAGUCGGUGCACCGCAAUCACUUCACGGCGGAGUUCGUGGCCCUGAAGUGCAUGAAUUGCGACGAAGUCGGGCUGGUCAAGUGCCCCAACUGCUGAGGAAAACGGGCCCACCACACCACCCCCGAUUUUUCUAUCUGUAGUGCUUUUUUUUGUAUCUAUAUCGAAGAGAUUUUUUUUUGCGCAAUUCUUGUAGUCGCUUAUUAUUAACAGUUGUGAUAUUUGAGAGCAGUUUGAGCCGGAAACGAGUGGCCGAAGCGAAACGAAACGAAAGGGAACGAAACGGAAAUGAAACACACACACACACACAAACACAAAAGGAAAAACCUAAUCAUAUGUGAAUUGAUGAGAUAACGAAUAAAAAAUAAACUACAUUUUAAGAGUUC